GGGUUUGUCUCCUCCAGCUUAGAUAGAAAUGAUUACAUAAAAUUUUUUGGGUUUUUUUCCAAUAAAUGAUGUGUACAUCUGACAAAUGAUCUUUGCCAUGUUGUAUUACUCGUCUAUUUCAGGGGUAUUUGGAAAUAUUAUCAUGCCUGCAUGUUAUCUGCUGAACAUGACAGUCAACCACAACUGGUCUCCACAGUAUGUCCUCACUAGUGUUUAUACUGCACAGUUAGUUUAUGUUUCCCUAAUAUUAAAUAUGACGCCAGGAUGGAGAGCCUUUAUGUUCUUCAUGUACCUCUCACCAUGUGAACCUCUUCUAAAAGCAAACACGUGAUCAUGUUUCCUUAUUAGGGCACACAGUGUCACUUCAAGUUAGCCAAUCAAACGUAGUCCUGUCUGUAAAGAGUGGAGUAACUAUCGAUAUACUGUCAUUCAGCACAGACAUUUGAACACGAUGACAUCUCCAAACUUUGUUUUCUAUCUGACAUGCCUGUUCUUGGGGAAAAUGGCUCAGGUGUCCAAUCUGAAAUUGUCCUCAUCUGUGAACCAAGAGAGUGGUUUUCUAUCAGUUAAUGUUGGGGAAAAGCUGUCUUUACAAUGUUUCCAUGAAGUUGAUGUUUCAUCAUGGCUGUACUGGUAUAAACAAACUCUGGGACAGAAACCAAGGCUCAUCUCUACCUUCUAUGUGCACGACAUAAAUGGCACUUUUUAUGAUGAAUUCAAGAACAAUCCUCGCUUCACACUCGAUACUGGAAACGGUAAAAAUCACUUGAUGAUCUCAGAUUUACAUCUUUCAGACUCCGCUACUUACUACUGUGCAAGUAGUAUAUCAUACAAAUUUGAAUUUGCAGAAGGAACUGUUGUCAAUGUAAAGGGUUCAGGUUUGAACAUCCAAGCUUCGGUCCAUCAAUCGGCAUCUGAGAGCAUCCAGCCAGGAGGCUCUGUGACUCUGAACUGUACAGUACACACUGGGACCUGUGAUGAUGGAAAUCACAGUGUUUACUGGUUCAAAAACUCUCAAGAAUCUCAUCAAGGAAUCAUUUACACACAUGGAGGCAGGAAUGAUCAGUGUGAGAGGAACAACAACACACAAACACAGACCUGUGUCUACAACUUGCCAAUGAAGAGUCUGGAUCUUUCUCAUACUGGAACCUACUACUGUGCUGUCGCCGCAUGUGGACAGAUACUGUUUGGAAACGGGACCAAGCUGGACGUUGGCUGUAGACUCUCCUGUCUUGGUGUAUUUCUUGAGUGGAGCUUUGGCGUUCACCACCAUCCUCAGUGUUUUACUGGCUUUCUCAGUGUACAAGAUGAAGAGAAGCAGCUUACAAUCUGCAGAGUCUCAAGCAACAUUUUCAGCUUCCUCCACAACAAAUGGCGAGGGUUACCAACACACAGACAACCUGCAUUAUGCUGCUUUAAGUGUGAACCUGCCCAACAGACCAAGAAGAGCGAGGAACAACACCAAGAAUGAAUGUGUGUACUCCAGUGUAAAGCAGUAGAAUUACAUGUUACAU